AUGUUCGUCGUCGACGAGGGCAGGCACGUCCUCGAUCGCCAGGGGGGAGGGGAUCAGGAGGACGCCAAGGACAAGGACAAGGACAAGAUGCACGACCAGGUCCAAGAUGAUGACGCCGAUCCCUACGUCAGGCGCAUGCGCGAGGUGCAGGCCCGCAUGGAUGAUCUGGCGGUCGCGGAGGAGAGGCAGAAGGCCCAUGGCGGGUCUUCUUGA